GCUUCAAUCUUGGUCUGAGACUUUUCAAGCUGCAGGGAUCCGACCGAGCGGCAUAGUAUUUGAAGAGUUACCAUUGGAACAUUUCACUCAUAUUUCUUGGAGUUACAAUUGUUGUUGUUUUUGUUGUUUUAGAAGCAAAAGUCUUGAGCGGAUACGUCCCUCCUCCAUAGCCUUCUCUUCUGGCCACGCGCGGGUGCAAACAAGAAGAUAGCCGAAACGUAUUCAGUCCAAAUUAACAGGUGACUGCUCAAAAUAGUAUUUGUCAAAUGUAUUGCCGCUUCUUACGAUUCUGUGACAUCUGAAGAUUCUGCUUAGGAUAGCCCCACAUAAAGUGGAACCGGUCUUAACAUUUGGACGCCUUUUAAAAAAAUUUUUUUUUUAAGUUAGCGAUCUGGGAACACACAUUGUUUGUGUAUGUGUGUGUGUGCGAGUAGUCUCAGCAAAUAGUGUCGGCUUUAGCUAGGAUUUGAAGCGAAAACACGUCUGACAGUACAUUGUUAUGGAUAUUGCAACAGGUCCCAAGUCACUGGAACGCUGUUUCUCGAAGAGAAACCAUUCCAAGUACCCAAGGAUGUUAGACGGUAUAAAGAUUGAAGAUAAUCCCCAUCGUCAAGCUACCCUUGGAGUCAUGCUUGGGACAGAAUACCAUCACCGAUCUGUAUGUGAAGGAUGCCAGCGUCCAAUAUCUGAUCGGUUUCUGAUGAGAGUCAACGAUUCCUCAUGGCACGAGGAGUGUUUGCAGUGCGCUGUGUGUCAACAACCUCUCACUACCAGUUGUUACUUCCGGGAUAGGAAACUGUACUGCAAACAUGACUACCAACAGGCAAGGAGGCAGCAACAGCAACAAGAACAACAGAAUUCUCAAGGCUUGGCCAAGAGGUGAUGUCCAAUCGGAUGGAGGGCAUGAUGAACUCCUUCACGCCACUGGCCCCGCCCCAGCAGCAACUGGUUGCCAUGGAUCAGAACGGCUACAGUACAGACCCCUUCCAACAGGGCCUCACUCCCCCACAGAUGCCCGGAGACCACAUGAACCCAUAUGGUAAUGAUUCAAUUUUCCAUGACAUAGACAGCGACACAUCUUUAACCAGCCUCAGUGACUGCUUCAUGGCAUCUUCAGAAAUGAACAUGCAAGCACGUGUGGGACCCAUUGACCGACUCUAUUCCAUGCAGAACUCUUACUUUGCAUCAUGAAAGUAUCACAUACAGAAAUUAUAUUAUGUAAUAUAGCAGAUCAUCCACAAACUCUGCUUCUCGCCUUCCUCAACUGCCUCACAUCAAGGAGUUUCCACGCUGCUAUGGACAAGACAGAAGCAAYGACCUGUUCCAAUGACUCCUGGAUCAUGUGCAGACAAUGGACUCAAAUAGAGGAGAGUGGAGAUUCCCUGGGAAAAAAACAAUUUUCUUUUUUUCUAGAGAUUAUUGGUAGCAUAUUUGUAUAUUACUGCCAGAAAAGUUGCACACCUUUCUUUGUCAACAAAAAGAAAAUCAAUGGAGCCACCGAUUUUAAAAACGCAAACCAAAUACUACAGGCCCACCAGUUAUCAUAAUGCAUGACUUCAUAGUUAAUCGUAUGACCAUAAAACUGAAAAACCCUGAAAAAAAAACCUGUGAGUUGUUGAGAUGUGUCCAUUUUAUAAUGCAUUCAGCAUUAGCAUUUUGAUCACAUUGAUAGUUUUAGCCCUAAAGAGAAGAUAUUGUGUUCAUAGUAAWUAGACAGUGUGUUCACAAGAGACAAUGUGGGUAUGUGUGUGUGUAUUUGAGUAAGAGUGUGUGAGAGAUAUAAACAUUCAGAAAAAUAAAGAUGCAUUGUGGUGUCCGUUUGGUGUAAAUACUUUCCCAAGCAGAUUGGUUGUGCAUGUUAAAAUGGAAAACAUUCUAUUUAUUUAACUAUAACAUGCUCUUGAAGGUACUUAUGAAUCUGAAAAGCUUUAUUUAAACAGGAGAACAUUUUGUUAUGUAAUUAGUGAGUACAUGAUUAUCACAAUUCAUUUGUAUGCCAUUUAAUUAUGAACCAUAACCCUUUUUUCAGCCAAGCUGUAAAUGAGCAAAAUUGUGCUAUUUAUUUCAUACAGACUUGAGACCAUGUAAAAUGUACAUUUUCAAUGUUAAGAAAUUGCUAAAUUACCAAAGUCGAUUGGUUCAUUGAAUAAACACUAUUUCUUCUCCUGA